CACGCCUCUCCACUAUGGGUCCAUGUCAGCCAUCAUGUAUCCUCUCAUCCUUUCUCUCGCCCUGCUCGUCCUUCCAGCCCGAACACGGGAUAUCGUCUUCCCUCCUGUUGCUGCCAUUCACAAUCCCUCUUAUCAAUAUCCUCUCGCUCACGAAGACACCAUCGAUAUUGUCACCGGCAGCCAAUUCUCCGGCUUGACUACCUUUGCCAACUUACCAUACGUCAAUUGCUUCAUUGAUGAUGACUCAACCUUCAACAACUACGACAUUGCCUUUCUAGGUGCUCCAUUCGACACUGGUGUCACAGCUCGCCCCGGAGCCCGGUUCGGACCCAAGGGUAUCCGACUCGGUUCUCGCCGUCUGGGCGGAUGGAGCAUCUACACCGGAGAGAACGUCUUCGCCAGUUGGGCCAAACUCGUUGACUGCGGAGACGCACCACUAACCUGGCUGGAUAAUACCGUGGCGUUGAAGCAGCUUGAUCUUGCACACAAGGUCGUUUCAUCCCGUCGUGCCAAUGCCACUCAUCUCAGCCAGUCUCCGCGUAUCAUCACCUUAGGUGGAGAUCAUACCACUACCUUGUCUGCCCUGCGAUCGACCUACGAGAAUUGGGGUCCUGUGUCGGUGAUACAUUUCGAUAGUCAUAUUGAUACAUGGGACCCGGAAGUCCUAGGCGGAGGAGUCUCCCACUACGCAGGCAUCAACCACGGCACAUUCCUCCAUCUCGCUCACGAAGAGGGCCUAAUCCGCAACACCUCCAUCCACGUGGGCAUCCGAGCCCCCGUAAUCCGUCCCAAAGGCGACCUCCGAAACGACCUCCGCUGCGGCUUCGAAAUCAUCACCGCCCGUGCCCUCGACCGACUCGGCGUCUCCGCCCUCGUAGAACAAAUAAAGUCCCGCGUCGGCGAAACCAAGGUCUACAUCUCAGUCGACAUCGACGUGCUAGACCCGGCCUAUGCCCCAGGUGCAACAUCCCCCCUCUAUUCUGGACUCUAUAUGCCCCACCAACGACUAAUGACACUGACUGUGGGAAUGAUAGCAACCGGAACCGCUGAACCAGGCGGCUUUACUACCCGCGAACUCCUCACCAUCCUCGACGCCCUUCGUGGAUUACCCGUUAUCGGUGCAGACGUGGUCGAGGUAGCGCCUAUUUAUGACACAGCUGGUGAGACCACGACUCUUGCUGCCGCCGAGGUAGCGCAGUCCUUGCUGGCGUUGAUGGUUGCGAGGCCGGUGGGGGAGUGAUGUGGAUGAUUGAGUAUUCUUGCAUUAUUCUUACCUUAUCCUCAAUACAAAACCCCUUCAGGAGACUCUUCCCACGUCACUGACGGCCGCAUAUAUACAUAUCCAGCUCACACCAGUAUUGACAUCUCGACUUGCUUGUAGUACAGGAAUGACCUGACGCAGGUGAUCAAGAGAUUAAUUGAAUGGUUGAAACAGCAAUGGAAGUUUGUAUCACUUCAGAAUAAC